ACCGACAGCCAUUCGUUUUAGUCACAUUGCUCCUUGGGCCAGCCUCACUUAGAAGCUGCUCUUACCAGCAGUCCCGUCGCGACGCGCCUCGCUCAUCGUCGCGCUAGAGGCACCGCGAAGUCGCUGCUGGUCUUCGUGAUUCCGUAGAUUCGGCUUCAUAAGCGCAUAAGUGCACGAAUCUCCCUUACCGGCUCCGUACCUGCUGCCGUCGCCGUUCGUGGCAGGACACCUACCGGCAGAAAUCGACCGGCAUCGACCGGCAGAUUCACGGGCCCUCUAGCGCGCGUGCGAUUAGGUGCGCAGCGUCGCGAUUUGCAAAAAAAAACGAUUUCCCAUCAGUUUUGCGCAAGCCGCCACCACUGCUGUAGUAGAGGCACACGAGAAUCAGCCAUGGCUGCCUCGAGUCGCAGGACACAGGAUCUGCUGAUGGACGACAAGUGGGACCACUGCGUCGAUCUCUCGCUUCGCCGCUUCGUCUACAGCUCCCUCGCUGGCGCCGCUACUGGGCUCGUACUAUUCAGGAGCCCGACCAGUCGGUGGGCCGCUCUAGCCUUUGGCGCUGGCUGCGGCAUCGGCUCUGCCUACACCGACUGCUCUCGCAUUCUGGACGGCCACCUGCCGCAAUUCACCGCCCCUGCCGCUGCUAGAGCUGCCCCGGUUGCCCCUGCCCCUGCUGCCCCUGCUGCUGCUGCUGCUGCUGCUGCUGCUGCUGCUUCGGCUGCCGCUGGUGCAUCAGGGUCGUCGGAUCAACUGCCCCAGGAUUGAGUUGUUCAUCAGGCUGUGUUGCCCGGAGUGGAAAGCCCUCCAGCCGUGCACUGUGUAUUGUCAACCAGAGGAGAAUCCGUUUCCCAGAUUCCAUAUUUGCUGUGCUUCUGAAAAGAAAAACCAUAUUGGAAUAUCCAACCCAACCUCUCUAUGGAUGAGCAUGCCCAGCUUAUGUAGGUGGUGGUACACUUCUCCCACAGGAAUCCGUAUUGUUACAAUGUUCGAAGAGACUAUCGGUAGCUUUAGUAGUCUCCCCAACCAGACCCUGAAAGGUUUUGGUUGUCACUUGGUUGGACCUCGCUUUUAGAGUUUUUGGUUCCUUCCUACCUAAGCAUAAAUAUAUCAUGCCCAA